CCCGCGAGGGCCCCAUUCCAUGUUCCCAAGCAAGGUCCGCUUCCCAGCCGAAGAGCUUCGCCAUCGCUUCUCGUAAUCGGCUUCCGAAGUCAUGUCAAGAGUGGUCGCCUCUCCCAAUCGCGCUGAGCGGCCCUGAUCUCCAGCCCUUCCCACACCUCGCCUCGUGCUUGAUCUUUGCCGUUACGAUAGCUGCAGUUUGCGACAUUUCUCGCCCGUUUUGGUGGAGAAUUGCGAAUGUAAGAGGCGGGGAAUUGUCCGGUAUCGUCGUCUUCGAGAACAGUCGUCAUUGUUUUUUCUUCGGGAUUGGUUGUUUGUGCAGUCAGAGCAACCAAAAUCUUCGCUUGGAGGUUCUCGUGUCUAAUCCAAGAAAUCUUUAGGAUGGAUUAAUUCUUGGUUGGUCAGGGGAAGAGGCAGCUUUUGUGAAGUUUGAACUGUUGCAACCGCACAAAUUCGACGUAAUUGAGACAGUUGGCUAUAAUAUGGAGAUGACGUAUGGAUAGCUAAAAGGGUCUAAUCAACGUAGGGUGAAGAUUCAAGAUGGGAAAUUCUCGUUCAUUUGGCGCCAGUGCAAAUGUGCCCGAACACAAUGGAGGGCAGCUUUUCGUGUCCCUUAAAUUACACAAAACUGAUGGCCAACCCAUGCCACUUAAUGCUGUUCCUCACGUCACAGGUUCAAUGCCCAUUGUGGGUUUAUGGGAUCCUGUCAAGGCUACGGCUAUGGAGGGAGAAUCGUCAACAGUUUGGGAAUUAAGUUUUGUAGUGCCCUCUGAUCAUGAUACCCUGGAGUUUAAAUUUGUUCUAAAGCCAGUGGACAAUGAACGUGAGGGUGUCUUUGAAGAGGGUCCAAACCGGAUUCUGAAAGCAGGUGUUAUGUCUGGAGGCCCAGGGCCAAUGGCUAAAUUCCUCCUUCCAAGGGAAUAUGGUGUGGGCACACUUGAAUUACCCGUCAGCGUCGCCACAGAUUCUGUUUCCCCGUUUGCGCUUGCAGCCAGCUGGCGAGCACUAAAAAAGAACAUUAAGCCAUAUGGAACCCGCGUUCUAGGCAUUCCUGAUGUAUCACUUGAUCAGAUUUCGGAGAGCAGGCAAUACGGCUUAAAUGCGUGGAUUAAGAAGUCGGAUGUACAGAAGUUUUCUUCGGGUAACCCUUCACCGAUUCCGCCUGAUCACAGUGCGCAGCAUGCGCUGGAGCUAGAUAUAGAGCAUUAUGAGGUACCUCCUCCAGGCAGUGUUUUCAAGCACAGUGUAUAUGCUGCUGAUGCAACUGAGUUUCCUCGAGGAAACUUAGAACGUUCUGCUGCUGUGCCUGUGCCGUUCUAUGGGGAGAGUCUCAAGUACAAGCGUCGGCAGGGUAACCCAACCCCGCUGUCCAAGAAAGAAAAUAACACAGACCGAAGUGUCUCGGUGAAGGACCUUGUGGCACUGGGAGAUUCUGACGCUGUACCUGUGCAAGCAGCAGUUUCAGAGGGUGAAUCAGCUUCUCGCGAUCUGAAGACAUCUUCAAAAGCUGUUGGAGGUCACUCGCCAAGGUUAAUUGAGAUCGGUAGCGACAUGAGUCAGAUUGAAUCACAACUUAAUGAUUACGCUGAAACAGAAGAAUCAGGAGGAUCCAAAAGUAUGCCAGAAGCGGCGGGGGCUGUUGCGGCGGCUGCUGUGGCAGAUCGACUUUUGGGAGCAAAGGAGCGGCGCCAGCUUGCAAUCGUCCUGGUUGGGUUACCGGCUCGUGGAAAGACAUUCACUGCAGCUAAACUGACCAGAUAUUUGCGGUGGUUAGGUCAUGACACCAAGCACUUCAAUGUUGGCAAGUAUCGGCGGCUGCAGCUUGGUUGUAAUCAGAGUGCAGAUUUCUUCCGAGGUGAUAAUCAAGAGGGCAUUGAUGCUCGAAAUGAGGUGGCUGCUCUAGCAAUGGAAGACAUGCUUGCUUGGAUGGAAGAAGGUGGUCAGGUGGGGGUGUUCGACGCUACCAACAGCACAAAUGCACGUCGAAAAAUGCUCAUGAAAUUGGCAGAAGGGAAAUGCAAGAUAAUUUUCUUAGAGACGAUAUGCAACGAUCGGGCUAUGAUUAAUACUAACAUUGAGCUGAAGAUUCAACAGAGUCCUGAUUAUGCAGAUGCGACUGAUCAUGAAGCUGCUCUUCAAGAUUUCAAGGCUCGUCUCAGCAACUAUGAAAAGAUGUACGAGCCAGUAACUGAGGGUUCCUAUAUAAAGAUGAUCGACAUGGUCAGUGGGAGAGGGAAAAUGGAGGUGAACAGCAUUAGUGGUUACCUUCCUGGUCGAAUUGUGUUUUUUCUGUUAAACACUCACAUCACGCCCAGGCCAAUUUUAUUAACUCGACACGGUGAGAGCCAAGACAAUGUUAGAGGUCGUCUUGGUGGUGAUCCUCCUCUUAGUGAGGCGGGAGAGAAAUAUGCUCUUAAGCUAGCAGAUUUUGUUCACAAACGCCUGAAAAACGAGCGCACGGCAUCUAUUUGGACGAGCACUUUGCAGAGGACUUUGCUUACAGCACGUCACAUCUCUGGUUUUCCAAAGGUUCAAUGGCGGGCACUGGAUGAAAUCAAUUCUGGUGUUUGUGAUGGUAUGUCGUAUCUGGAAGUCAAAGAAACCAUGCCAGAAGAGUAUUUGGCUCGGGAGCAAGACAAAUUACGAUAUAGAUAUCCGCGAGGGGAAUCCUAUUUGGAUGUCAUACAAAGGUUGGAGCCAGUGAUUAUUGAACUAGAGAGACAGCGUUCGCCUGUGGUUGUCAUUGCGCAUCAAGCAGUUCUGCGCUCUCUGUAUGCGUAUUUUUCGGACAAACCUCUGAAAGAAGUGCCUCACAUCGAGAUGCCACUUCACACCAUUAUUGAGAUUCAAAUGGGAGUAACCGGUAUUCAGGAGAAACGAUAUAAGCUCAUGGAGACCCAAAGCACCAAGUAUGCCGAGUUUCCAUGAGCAUUCACAUUACAAAGCAGAUUUCCUUGGCUCAAGAGGACUCUAUUGGCUAGGUUUCAAACAGGCCAUCCCGUUCCUGUGACUAUUGAAAAUCCAGGUUAAGUUAAAUGAAUCUAGUGUUGUUCCUGUGAAAUAUCCAAGAUCGCAUAAACGUGCCUUCUUUAAUUGCAGUUAUGCAGGAAUUGCAGCGAACCAUUUCAUUCUUGAACUCAAUGUUCGUUCAUGACUUUGGUGUUCAAUUAUGGCUCAGUAUAUUUUUAAAUUUAUAAUUUUUUUUUUGCGUGCACAAUGCACUGUUUUGUAGAAAAGAAGUCGAUUUUUCUAGUGAAGGUACUUGAGAAAUAUAAUUAUUGAAAAACGUGCUUGGAACUGAAGUUAGGGUAGCUAGAAAACCCGAAAAAUAUGUAUUUAAAAAAAUGAUGGGAUUGUCAUAUUUAUUUACAUUCAGAA